AUGGACCAGAUUGCUUCAUCACAGUGGGUGUUCACUACACAAGAGUUACAGCACCUCCCUUCCAUCGUUGCGGGUGGUCUGACGGUGAAUGAAGAACGACGACGUCGAUUAGCCGGGUGUACGUUCAUUCACAGCAUUGGGUCUCGACUCGAGGUACCCCUGUUGACUAUUGCUACAGCCAUGACCUAUUUCCAUCGAUUCUACACGCGCCAUUCCUUUACACAUUAUCGAUUUGAAGUGGUUGCCGCGACAUGUGUCUAUCUUGCAUGCAAAGUGGAGGAAUCUAUGCGCAAAAUCAAGGAUGUGGUGGCUGCCAGCUUAUUACACAUGCAUAGCCGAGAAAAUCACGAAGAUGAAAUGGCAAAGCUGUUUCAUGCAUUGAGAGAUGCCAUCAUUCAGUAUGAAUUUAUCGUCGUCGAAACGCUAUGCUUUGAUUUCGCCAUUGAUCAUCCCCAUCAAGCAUUACUCGAUCUUUUGGAUGAAUUAGAAGCAUCAGAACGUAUCGCUCAAGCAGCAUGGAGUUUUGCAAAUGACAGCAUGCGCUUGGUAUUAUGCUUAUCACACGAACCACGCCAUAUUGCUGCGGCAUGUAUACUAUUGGCUUAUCGACUCCACCGGCAAGAUAUCCCUGAAAUCGAUGAUUCAAGCUUGAUGGUGCUUAUAGAAGAUCGUUUCGAGACAUUGGAUGCUAUUAUACAAGAGAUUAUGCAUGGACGCACAUUACAACAACAAUUGGAACGGCGGAACAGGAGACGGAGCACGGCCGAUUCACCCGCAACAUCUUCAGGAAGCAACCGAGCUCGUGGGUCGAUCGUUUCCGCAAAUGGCCACCGGAUAGACAGGGAGAGAGCGAGCAACAUGGGAUCUUCGGCGUUACAGAGCUAA